CCAGGCGCUGCCCCUCCUGGGCCGGGUGCCCGCCCCGCCGCCCGGGAGCCUGUGCCGGGGACUUGCUCUCUCCCAGCCCCGGUGUUCUGCUCCCGAGCGGGGAGCCGUGGGCCCGGACGCGUGGAGGCUUGACCGGAGCACACGCGCGGCCCCUGAUGUGUCUGCCCUCCCGCCCCGCCCCCCGUUCUCAAUAAACAUUCCGCACCGCGCCGUCGAGUCCUCUUUUGCGUCCGGGGCGCGCGGCGGCCGGGCCGCAGGCGCCUGGGAACCUUUCUGUGGGCGCGUGUUUCUGGCCGGAGCACUUUCCCGGGGGCCCCAGCGCCCCGCUCCCCUCCCUCCCCUGGACCCUCUUCUCUGUCCCCCGGUCCGCGGUGCCCUUAGCGGCGUCGCCAGCCCCUGGGGGACCCGCAGAGCUCCCCCCCAGCCCCCGUCCCGCCGCCGCGGGGUAGCCCGGGCCCGUUCCGUACCGCCCGGACUGGAGAGGCUGCUGCACCGGGCCUCAGCCGCCCUCCGGAUGCUGGUGCUGCUGCCCCCCUGCCCUCGGCCCCCGGCGCUGCCCUCGGCAGCGGCCAUGGAGGACCCGCCCCCGGGGGCAGGCCGGUCCCCGGAACCCAGACCUUCCUCCUCCACGGGAUCCCCCCAGCCCUCGUCCCCUCCGAGGCCCAGCCGCUACCUGCUCAUUGACACCCAGGGCGUCCCGUACACCGCGCUGGUGGAGGAGGAGGAGGAGGCGCCGAGGCAGCCCGGGCCCGCUGGGACUUCCGCUCCAAAAAAGGGUUACAGCUGCCCCGUGUGCUCCCGCGUGUUCGAGUACAUGUCCUACCUGCAGCGACACAGCAUCACGCACUCGCAGGUGAAGCCCUUCGAGUGCGACACCUGCGGGAAGGCGUUCAAGAGGGCCAGCCACCUGGCGCGCCACCACUCCAUCCACCGGGCCGGCGGGGGGCGGCCCCACGGCUGCCCGCUCUGCCCGCGCCUCUUCCGGGAGGCGGGCGAGCUGGCCCAGCACAGCCGGGUCCACUCUGGGGAGCGCCCGUUCCCGUGCCCGCACUGCCCGCGCCGGUUUAUGGACCAGAACACGCUGCAGAAGCACACGCGGUGGAAGCACCCGUGAGCCGGGCCGGCUGCAGGUCACCCACCCCCUGGUACCUCGGCAUCUGGGGGAGCCUGGACCCCUGGGGUCCUCAGACACCCAGAGGGCCCCCGAGGCUGGAUGCAA